AUGCGUUUUUCCAGCUGUUUGUCGUUCGUUAUCUUUUCAUGGGGGGUGGUCGAGGCAACUGUCAAAAAAGUUGAAACAACCACUAGUGUGGUGCAGAGUAACUACUACGAUUUCACCGCCAAGUAUAACUUGGAUCCCAAGGAGCCCGAGUGCUAUGGCCAGACUGUUCCAUACGACAUCUUCCUGAGCGCUGAAAUUGUGGCCAAGGGUACCACCAAGAAAGUCGACACCGUCAAGAGAACUAUUGCCACAAAGUACUACCCAAAAGCUGACUUUGUGGUGAAAAAAGUCGAAAAAGUCGACGACAAGUACUACAAAAUCCACUUCAAAUUCAAAACGACAUAUGAUGCUACUAAAUUGUUGGCGUUUGCCGGCCAGAGUACCUUUAACGUCUACUGUACAUCGCUUGACUCCAAAUGGAUGGGUCUUCUCUACCUUUACGGUAAGUACACAGAUGCCUCGUACAAGAACCCUUUCGACUUUGAAGCAUCAGUCACCGUUAAACCAAAGCAGUACGGUGAUUACUUGUGUUUGCCAGAAAAUUUUGCAAUUCAGUACAUUCUCACCGUCAAGAAUACCGACUGGAAGAAUGUUUUUGAGCCCAGCUUCAAGUACACAUUGGACAAGGACGUGAGUAAAGUUAACAAGAGGACCAUUUUCAAGACCCUGUACCUGUACCCUGAGUUUGAUGCUCACAAGACUUCUGAUUUAACUAUACCAAACUACUGUUGGUUAGCACCCGAUUGUGAAAAAUACAAGCCUGUUGUGACAACUCUGUCAAAAGAGCCAGUUAAAACCAGCACCACCGAAAAGGAAAAACAGGUUUCCACCACCACCGCAAAACACGAAGUUAAAACUACGACUGAAAAAGAAGUCAUAACUACCACUGACAAACACGAGGUUAAAACCACCACUGACAAACAUGAGGUCAGCACCACCAGUGACAAACACGACGUGAAGACCACCACUGACAAACAUGAGGUCAGCACCACCAGUGACAAACACGAGGUUAAAACCACCACUGACAAACAUGAGGUCAGCACCACCAGUGACAAACACGAUGUGAAGACAACUACCGAGACUACUAAGGAAAAAGAAGUCACCUCCGAAAAGGAGAAGGAAGUGAAAACUACAAGUACCUCAAUAAAACCAGAACCAACCCCGGAACCCGAGGUUGUGGUUGAAGAAGAAGAGGAGGAGUGCACUACCACUGAGGAGCCCACCACAUACAUUCCAGAGCCUACCCCAGAACCAACACCAGAACCCGAAGUUGUGGUUGAAGAAGAGGAGGAGGAGUGCACUACCACUGAGGAGCCCACCACAUACAUUCCAGAGCCUACCCCAGAGCCAACCCCUGAACCCGAGGUUGUGGUUGAAGAAGAAGAGGAGGAAUGCACUACCACUGAGGAGCCCACCACAUACAUUCCAGAGCCAACCCCAGAGCCAACCCCGGAACCCGAAGUUGUGGUUGAAGAAGAAGAGGAGGAGUACACUACCACUGAGGAGCCCACCACGUACAUUCCAGAGCCUACCCCAGAGCCAACCCCUGAACCCGAGGUUGUGGUUGAAGACGAGGAGGAGGAGUGCACUACCACUGAGGAGCCCACCACAUACAUUCCAGAGCCAACCCCAGAGCCAACCCCUGAACCCGAGGUUGUCGUUGAAGAAGAGGAGGAGGAGUGCACUACCACUGAGGAGCCCACCACAUACAUUCCAGAGCCUACCCCAGAACCAACCCCUGAACCCGAGGUUGUGGUUGAAGAAGAGGAGGAGGAGUGCACUACCACUGAGGAGCCCACCACAUACAUUCCAGAGCCUACCCCAGAACCAACACCAGAACCCGAGGUUGUGGUUGAAGAAGAAGAGGAGGAGUACACUACCACUGAGGAGCCCACCACGUACAUUCCAGAGCCAACCCCAGAAACCUCAACAAAGGAGAGAGAAGUUAAGACUACCUCCGAAAAGAAGAAGGAAGUCAAGACUACAAGCACUGAACUGAAACCAGAGCCAACACCAGAGCCAACCCCUGAACCCGAGGUUGUGGUUGAAGAAGAGGAGGAGGAGUGCACUACCACUGAGGAGCCCACCACGUACAUUCCAGAGCCAACCCCAGAAACCUCAACAAAGGAGAGAGAAGUUAAGACUACCUCCGAAAAGAAGAAGGAAGUCAAGACUACAAGCACUGAACUGAAACCAGAGCCAACACCAGAGCCAACCCCAGAGCCAACACCGGAACCCGAGGUUGUGGUUGAAGAAGAAGAGGAGGAGUACACUACCACUGAGGAGCCCACCACGUACAUUCCAGAGCCUACCCCAGAACCAACCCCUGAACCCGAGGUUGUGGUUGAAGAAGAGGAGGAGGAGUGCACUACCACUGAGGAGCCCACCACAUACAUUCCAGAGCCAACCCCAGAGCCAACCCCUGAACCCGAGGUUGUGGUUGAGGAAGUGGAGGAGGAGUGCACUACCACUGAGGAGCCCACCACGUACAUUCCAGAGCCAACCCCAGAGCCAACACCAGAACCCGAAGUUGUGGUUGAAGAAGAGGAGGAGGAGGAGUACACUACCACUGAGGAGCCCACCACAUACAUUCCAGAGCCUACCCCAGAGCCAUCACCAGAACCCGAAGUUUUAGUUGAAGAAGAAGAAGAAAAAGAGGGCGAAAAAGAAGAGGAAGUCACAAAAACAUCAACGGUUUGGUCAACUUCCGUAGGAAUACCACCUUACACCAUCUACUCACCUGAACCUUCUACUUCACAGGCUUCCAUCUCAUCAUAUGAAAAACCAGUUGUGACCGAGGAAACUGUCAUUGAAGCUGUUACAAAGAAGAUCGAGUCCUCAACAAUAGUCAAAACCUCCACCAUCGAGGAAUUUGUUGAAAAAUCCACCACAGAAAUUAAGUCCAAAGAAGUUGUCACCACAAUUACUGUUGACGAAAACCUCACAAUCACCACCACUAUCCACCCCGAGGCCAAGACGACAACUAUUGUUGAAAAACCAAAGACUACCCUUUACUUUGAGGAGAGUGAGUUUGACGACGAAGACGACAUCGAGGAAGUUUGUGAGGAUUUAGUGGAUGAAGUUCUUUCAUUAGGAGCUACUACACAGACAUUGACCGAGGGAGACUCAACUACCACUGUUACUGAGGUCAUCACGUAUUAUAGUACUUUGAAGACCUCAACUACCGCUGCCCCAGUAGUUGCAAAAGAAACUAGUGAACUUCCCACUGAGUUUCCAACAUCGUAUGUUGCAGAAGCUAGCGGGUCUGUCUCUGCAGAAGCAAGUCCAGUUGCGCCUGCCUCUGCCGAUGUUUAUGAAGGAGCCGCCACCAGAAACAGCGUUACCGGCGCUGUUUUUAUGUUGGCACUCUUCUUGAUGUAA